AAACCCAACCGCCUCCACCCAACGCCACCAUCACUACAAAGUGCCCAUUUUCAUUCUCUGCCCGCACACCACACACCUGUUCAGCUUUGGCACCUUUACUUCAUUUACAUAUGCAGCUGUACUUUAAGUUUUAGGUUCUUUAUCUGUUUAAACUGGGCACAAACCAUCCUGCACAUAUACACGCUGUGCCUCCCAGGUAUAUUUUCUAACUUCUGAAGGAGGAAACAAUAAUGGCGCCUUCAGUUCUGCAGAAUGGUGGAUUCAUCUUGGGCUUGCUCGGUGCAGCAGCCCUCAUUGCAGCUACUGCCAUGAACAACUGGAGUGUCAAGGACAGGCAGGGGGACGUGGUGACCUCUGUUUACACCUACAAGGGUCUGUGGCAGGACUGUGAGACCGCUUCCUCAGGAUUCACCGAGUGCCGCCCGCUCUAUGGCAUCCUGGGCUUCUCGGGUAGCUUCCAGGCUGUGCGAGCCCUGAUGAUAGUGGGCGUGGUGCUGAGUGUCCUGGGGGCGGUGAUAUCAGUUUUCUCCCUGACCUGCAUCUCUAUGAUCAGCAUGGAAGACACCACCAAGGCCAAGAUGAGCCUCACUGCUGGCAUCAUGUUCAUCACCGCAGGUGUGUGUGGCAUUGCAGGAGCUUCUAUCUACGCCAGUCAGAUUGUGGCCAGUUUCAGGAUGUCCACCAAUUAUGGAGGAAACAUGCUGGGAGGAAUGGGAGGAGGAAUGGGAGGAAUGGGAGGAGGAAUGGGAGGAAUGGGAGGAGGAAUGGGGGGAAUGCCCACAUACACAUUUGGCCCUGCUCUGUUUGUAGGCUGGAUCGGAGGGGGCGUCCUGAUUAUUGGCGGCAUCCUGAAAUCACUGGCUUUCAAGGAAUUGGUGAAAGAUGAAAAACCAAGUUACCCGGGGGUUGUUUACAAACCUCAGACCCGCACCAAAACCGAUCUGAGUGAUCACCAUUCAGAGGGCGCCAAGAAGGACCAGAAUUAUGUGUAACUUCAAUCCCAACUGAAGCGCUGAUAUGAUUUGUGUUUGCUAAGGCGUGUGCUUAUAGCUUUUCACAUGCAGCAUGCUUUUUUUUCUCCCAGUUGCCUCAUAUACGCAUUACAAUACUACGUCUUUAUUAUCUUAUAAUAGAAGUCAAUAAUAUCUUACAUCCUAACACCAGUCCAACAGGUGUAAUGAGACAGCACGAUAUUUAGUUUCAUAUUCACAUCUCAGUGGUUACUAGAUAUUUAUAAAUGCUCAGAUGCUGUAAGUUUUUUUUUUACUUGAGUUUUGGUAAUUCACUUUAUUUUUAUGUGAAUAAAAUGUUGAUUUGU